AUGUAGUUUACUUUUAUAUUUUAACGGUAUAACGUCGUGUUAGGUUCAUAACUUUUUGUGUGCUCGUGUUUAAUUAUAAAAAUAUUUAAUAAUUUAUUAUCUUGAAACAAAAUGCAAUACUUUUACCUAGUUAUUGCCGCCCUAGCAUUUGUGACAUAUGUCAACUGCGAUGCUUGUGUUCAAUGUGAUUCCAAAACUGAUCCAAAAUGUGCAACAACUCCUGAGAGAUUCUUAGCAAAAGAAUGUUCCAACACAACUUCCAAAUGUUUUUCAAGAGUACUCAAUGGAGUAACAAUUAGGGGAUGUGCUGUCGAUUUAGACAGUCGAACUGCCAGCCAAUGUAAUAAUGAAAUGGAUUGCUUAAUCUGUUCAUUCAUGGAAGGAUGUAAUAGAAAUGUCUUCCCAACCCACCGAGCACAAUGUUUACAGUGUACAGGAAACGGAACUGGAGUAUGUGCAAGUGAUACAUUUGCAAGACCAAGAGUUUGCCCAAUUUACGAAAUUGGAGAUAAAUGUUUUGUCCGCAAGUCCAAAAAUGGUAAUCUUACAAACGCUUUUAUGAGAGGAUGUCUAUCGUCGGCCCAUGCCGAGAAAUUAUGUCGCAAAGACGACUGCUUCACUUGUGAGGGUAAUGGAUGUAAUAUCAUUGCAUCAGAUUCGGUUGAAAUACCCUUUGCCAAUGCAGCAGCUAUCCUAAACUACUCGUUUUAUUUAAUUAGUGCUGUUUUCUUAAUUCGAUCAAAACUAAUUUGAAUUUAAGUUUAAAUUUAAUUGAGUUGGAAUUUUAUCUGUCCAAUGUAACAAGAAUAACAUUUUUGUAACAAUUUUUAUUCCAUUUGUAAUAAAAC